AUGUCCCAUCUGCUGCAAUCGCUACGGCACCUGAGACACCCCCAUCCUGCUGCUGCUCUGCGGACAGCGAAGAGCUUGCAGCUUGUACGCGGUUUGGCGCAGCUCGCCCAUUGCAAGCGGUCUCUGCUACCUUCCUGCGUGCCAGCGACGGGAGGUGCGACCAUGCACCACAUGGCAUCUCAACCUGUCACCGAUACCGCCAAUUGGGUAGACAGAGAAGAGCGAUUGGAAGAUUAUGGACCCAGAGGAUACCACCCAGUUAGCGUAGGAGAUGUACUGGGCUCCAGAUAUCGUGUUCAGCGGAAGCUCGGUUGGGGCGUAUAUUCCACCGUGUGGCUCGUUCGAAAUGAGAGGUACGUGUCUAGCUCUGAAGCCGCCGUAUUUUUGUUUGACUGCUCCGCUGCGAGCUGGUUCUUUGGCUCUGCAGGUCCUUCUGACCCUUCCUUUCGGACAGCUUUGGCCACAGGUGCACCAGAGCUCCAUGAACUCGAGUAUCUUCUGCGUAUACACAACGAGCCAACACAGCACCCCGGCCGCGUGCACGUUAUUGACUUGUUGGACCACUUCUACAUUGAAGGUCCCAAUGGCAAACAUCUCUGUCUCGUCACUGAGCUUCUAUCCGAGAACGUUUACUCAUUCUCCACAAAUUGGAAGGAUGAACGCAUGCCCAUACCUCUCGUAAAGAGGAUCACUCGGCAGGUGAUAUUAGGUAUCGAUUAUCUGCACAAUGCCUGCGAAUUAAUCCACACUGAUAUUAAACCCGCCAAUAUACUCAUCGCGUUGCCGCGUGGCGGAUUUAAACCGUCGUCCGCAGGCGUUGAAGUCUACGUUCAAGAGGGCCCUGGCGAUCGUUCGAUCUCCCGCUUCAGGUCUAACCCCCUUCUGUUCCCUAUCCCCAGUGAUCUGAACUCUGAAUCUGCGUGGAGUGCCUUCGAGGUGAAAUUGUCAGAUGUGGGAGUCGCUUGCUGGGCCGACAAGACCGACGAACACUUCACACCGCUGAUUCAAAGUCCUUCUUUGCGUGCUCCUGAAGUAUAUGUUGGGGCCGGGUGGGGAAAGCCAGCGGACAUCUGGAGUCUUGGUUGCACGGUGUACGAAAUGAUCAUGGGAAAAUCCAUGAUACGGGCGGGUACACAACAGGAGUCGAUCCCGUUCUUGCACAUGGUCCUUUUUGGUGAUUACCCUCGGAACAUUGUGGAGAGGGGCAAGUAUAGUCACUUCUUCUUCAAUGCUGAUGGUACCUCGAAGUUCGACAUCCCCCGGCGUCUCCCCCUUGCUAUGCAAAUUCAAGGGCGGGGUCCUCCCCAGGAUGCUGACAUGUUCGUCGACUUCUUGAAUCUCAUGUUCAAGCUCGACCCCGCAGAGAGAGCUUCCUGCGAAGAGUUACUGGAUCAUCCUUGGUUGGCGCAAUGA